AUGUCCACUCAACCACCCACAAUAACAAUCAUCGGCGGCGGAAUAGGCGGCCUAACUCUAGCAGCCGGCCUCCAUCUCCGCAAAAUCCCCAUUCAACUCUAUGAAGCAGCCUCAACUUUCAAAGAAAUAGGUCUAGGAAUCUCCCUAGGGCCAGCAGCUUAUCGCGCAAUGCCCCUAAUUCACCCCCAAAUCCAACAAAUCUACGACUCCCUCAUAACAACCCACGCAGACAGUCCCGGCUAUGAAAACUACCUCCAAACCUGGUUCGAGAUUGUUUGGGCAACAGGUACCCAAGAAGGCGAUACACUAAUGAAUCUCAAAGCCCUACCAUCCGGUCAAACGGCGCUCCGAAGAGCGGAUUUCCUAAAUGCGCUUGUCGAGCUCGUUCCAGCUGAAUGCGUGCAUUUCGGGAAGAGAUUAAGAACCCUCGUUGAGAAUGAUGAUGGGGUUGUACUGGAAUUCGAGGACGGGGAAGUUAUCAAUGCUGACGUUGUUAUUGGGUGUGAUGGCAUUCGGUCCAGGGUGAAGGAGUGCAUGAUUCCCGUUGAAUCGUUAAAGACGAGACCGGUAUAUAGUGGGAUGUAUGGGUAUCGGGCUGUUUUGGAGAUGGAGGAGAUGAUUGCCGCUGUUGGGGAGAAGAGGGCUAGAGUGGCGACGAUUUAUGUUGGAAGGGGCUGUUAUGCGAUUUCGUAUCCGAUUAUGAGGGCUAGGUUGGUUAAUGUGGGGAUUUAUGUGUUGAGUGAUCGGGAAUGGGAAUAUGAUUCUUGGGUUAGGCCGGCGAGGAGGGAGGAUAUGGAGCGCGAUACGAGGGAUAUGGGGCGAUAUGUGAAGUCUCUUGUUGAGCAUAUGCCCGACCCAUCCCAGUGGGCUAUCUUCGAGCAUCCGCAUAUCUCGACAUAUGCUCAGUCAAGGGUUGCGAUUAUGGGUGAUGCUGCGCAUGCUUCUACGCCGCAUCAAGGUGCUGGCGCUGGUCAGGCUAUUGAAGACGCACAUGUCCUUGCGGAGUUGCUGAGUGAUUCCCGUGUCGGCUCUGUUGACGGCGUUGUUGCGGCUUUUAAGGCAUAUGAUGAUAUUCGUCGACCUAGGAGUCAGAGGGUUGUUACGAGCAGCAAGGAAAAUGCUGAUAUUCUUUGUCUUUGUUUCGAUGGGGUUUGGGAUGAUCCGAUCAAGCUGAAGGACACGCUUGAUCAGCGAUUGAGGUGGCUUUGGGAUUUGGAUGUACAAGAUCAGGUUGAGCGUGCGAGGGAGAAAAUGGUGGAGUAUUUGGAGAUACCAGGGACGGUUAAGGAUUGA